AUCACCCCAUGCCCCAUACGAGCGUUCUGAUCACCGCCAUACCGCAUACCAGCAUCCUGAUCACCCUCAUACCCCAUACCAGCAUCCUGCCUACUGCCAUACCAGCAUCCUGAUCACCCCAUACGAGCGUUCUGAUCACCGCCAUACCCCAUACCAGCAUCCUGCUCACCCACAUACCAGCAUCCUACCUACUGCCAUACCAGCAUGAUGAUCACCCCAUACGAGCAUUCUGAUCACCACCAUACCGCAUACCAGCAUCCUGAUCACCCUCAUACCCCAUACCAGCAUCCUGAUCACCCCAUACCCCAUACGAGCAUUCUGAUCACCGCCAUACCCCAUACCAGCACCCUGAUCACCCUCAUACCCCAUACCAGCAUCCUGACUACUGCCAUGCCAGCGUCCUGAUCACUGCCAUACCUCAUACUAAUGUCCUGAUCACUGCCAUACCAGCGUCCUGAUUACUACAAUGCGUCAUACCAGUCACAUGAUGACACCA